UCAGCUCAGGUCUUGCUGCAAUCUUGAACGGUGGUGACUGAUGAGUGCGGUGUUGUGGAGUCGCCUGGAUCUUUCUUCCUCCUACAUUUUCCUACUUUUACCCGGUGUCUCACGGAACAUUUCGUCCAGAGGUGAAGCUUCACACGUCGGUCCAAGAUGUCGGUGGCCGGGCUGAAGAAACAGUUCCACAAAGCCAGUCAGCUACUCAGUGAAAAGAUCAGCGGGGCAGAGGGGACGAAGCUCGAUGAAGACUUCAUGGAGAUGGAGAGGAAAAUUGACGUGACCAACAAGUCCGUGUUUGACCUCUUGGCCAGAACACAAGAAUACCUCCAGCCUAACCCAGCCUCUCGAGCCAAACUGAACAUGCUGAACACAGUGUCAAAGAUCCGAGGACAGGUGAAGACCACCGGCUACCCUCAGACUGAAGGCCUGCUGGGAGACUGCAUGCUGCGCUACGGCCAUGAGCUGGGAGAGGACUCCGUCUUUGGCUGUGCUCUGGUGGACAUGGGUGAGGCCAUGAGGCAGAUGGCAGAUGUGAAGGACUCCCUGGACAUAAAUGUCAAACAGAACUUUAUUGACCCUCUGCAGAAUCUACAGGACAAGGACCUCAAAGAGAUCACGCACCACCUGAAGAAGCUGGAGGGCCGCCGGUUAGACUUUGACUAUAAGAAGAAGCGUCAGGGGAAGAUUCCAGACGAGGAGAUCCGACAGGCUGUGGAGAAGUUUGACGAGAGCAAAGAGCUGGCCGAGAGGAGCAUGUUCAACUUCCUGGAGAAUGAUGUGGAGCAGGUGAGCCAGCUGGCAGCACUGAUCGAGGCGGCCGUAGAGUACCACAGGCAGUCGUGUGAGAUCCUGGAGGAGCUCAGCGGAAAGCUGCAGAAGAGGAUAUCCACAGCUAGCAGCCGGCCCAAAAGAGAGUUCAAACCAAAGUCCGUCAGGAGCAGCAUGGAGACCCUGGACAACAGUCAGCACAAUGGACUGACCUACAGCUCCUCUCUCAAAUCCACCGAUAUCCAGAUCAACCACACAGUCAAUGGGAAAACUGAUCAUAUAACCUCUGUCCCACUGUCAUGGCCUGACAGCCCCACUACCAAUGGCAAUGUUCACCAGUCGGAGGUGUUGGACCAGCCGUGUUGCCGCUCUCUCUAUGACUUCGAGCCAGAGAACGAAGGCGAGCUGGGCUUCAAAGAAGGUGACAUCAUCAUCCUCACCAACCAGAUAGACGAGAACUGGUACGAGGGCAUGAUCAACGGCGAGUCCGGCUUUUUCCCCAUCAACUACGUGGAUGUCAUCGUCCCCCUGCCUCAGUGAAGACCGGCACAUCGAGUCCUCUACAGACUCCGUCCUGCCUCUGUCCUGACUCGGGCCUGAAAAUGCGAAGGGGGGGCGAAGCUGAAAAAAAAUCUGAUUUCCAAGCCGAGCCAGAGAGGUAGUAGUUUUGUCCCGAGCUGACUUAGGAUCAAAUUUCGCUGAUUACAUUGUUUUCUCUGUUGAUAUUUAUGAACCUGAAGCCAACUGAAACCCAAGCCAUUAAGCGGGACACUCUGCCUGGUCGGACCCUUCGUGUCCUUUGGGUCUGACCGAGGUGAAAAUGUCCAGCAGUCGUCAAACUCUGUAGUCCAUCCUGUCAGUCCCUCAGAUGACUCCGCUCCCCGUUUACACUGAUCAAAGUUUAUUUCGUUGAGCUGUCUGCCUGUCUUUGCCCCCUCACCACAGACUGAGGCUUCUUAUCUUUGUUCAAGUUCACCGUUGGACAUCACGACUGAAGAGUUCGUCAUUUCAAAAAAUGAUAUGCUUUCAUUUGCAUUACAGUCACAUUAGAAAUGUGAUAUACAUUUCAGGAUGUUUUCAGUCCCAUUACAUCGUCAUAUAGAGGCUUUGUGUUUGCACAAAGCCCACAUAGCUAUAGCUUGAACUGUCGUGGACAUCUGUCAUCGUGCUGACUACAUGCUAGCUACAAGAAACUAAAAUAAUCCAAGUACAAAUGUAGGCAGGAGUUAAUGACAAGCAACCCCAGGUAUCACGCCAUGCAGACGGGUUUGGUUUUAUUUUAUCAAGCUUUGAGAUAUUGUCUCCAAAGUUAAUGACUCCAUUCCAAUUUAACACAGGUGAAUGGAAUUUAAUUUGUGGUGCUUAUAGAUUGAACAAAGACAAAAUAAAAGCUAAGAAAAUUGGAUCUGUUUAAAUUUGGGUGAACUGACCCAAAAAAGCCCACAUUUUCUCAGCCACUGCUUCCAAUAUGGCCGCCUCGGUGCUGAAUACCACUGAUUUUGUGAUUUGUAUUUUAAAAGCAUUUUAUAUAUGUGUUGUCUGAACACAGGUCUCAGUUUUCUGUUUUUAUGACUCCUUGUGAGGCCUUCCAGUGAAGUCUUGCCAAAGUUCGAGGAUAAUUUCAGCUCCCUCAAUGUUGUUGUAAUUUUGCCCAUCAUUUCUAUCAGCAGUAAUUACAUUGUACUCGAGAACAAAGUGACAUAGCUGAAAAGAAGUCAGACAUGUCAAGAAACACCAGCAGUGAGACAAUUAGUUUGUAAAGCUGUGCUAACCAAUAUGGGUCACUCCACAGUGGGUCACAUGACUACUUGUAUGUCAAUUUCAGAACCCAUCGCCUAUCAGACUGACCACAGUGUGCCUGCAGGGGGGCAACGGACAAUAUUUGGGGGAUACAGUUUGAGCAGCAACCUCCAAGGCUGAAAAAUGACACCAUCAAGGAAGUGCCAAAAACUGCAGUUCCUCAAAUGGCCACUUGGGCCUGGUUCCAGAAGUAACUCAAUCCCCAUAGACCGACCAUGUUGAAAUGCCCAACUUUAGAGCACAAGUAAACAUGUUAACAACCUGGUACAAAAAACAGUUUUGGUAACCAUAGCUAAUUACAACAUUCAUGAAAACUGUAAAUGGUCAAUAUUUAUAUAACUACUCUACAGCUCCCCCCUCUGGUCUGAAUUACUUACUGGUUACUUUUGGCUAAAAAAGAUAGCACAAGAUAGCGACGGCUGAAAUGCAGAACUCCGCAAACCAACAGGUGACAUCACGUAGGCCCAUUAUUUUAUACAGUCAAUGGUUCUGGUGUAGCCAGCUAGUAUCCAGAUAACAGAUAAGCAGCCCAAGACCUCCAUAUAUAUGUCAGAUAAUGUUUACAGUCCUGUUAGCAACUCGAGAUGUGAGAAUGGAGUUUUAAUUGAGAAACAAUGUCUAUCCCUGUGUUUUUUCGAAUACUGUUCAAAAACGAAAUUAAUUGUAAGUGAAAUUCUACAACAUUCUGAGUUUUUUGCAGUUGGUGAUCGCAGCGCAGGCAGAGCUCUCCAUGAAUUCUUUUGUCUUGUUUUUAAUACUCAGCAGCGGCCCAAGCCAUUCAGAGCUGAUUAGAUCAGAGAGGAGCAGCUGCUGCCAAGUGAAUGCAAACUUUUAGACCCAGUAAAAUGAACACUUAAGUUUCACUUUCAAUGCGCCUGCCUUUCUUGGCAUUCUUUACAAUGCGCCCGACUAUUUGCGCAUUGACAGUCAGAGUGAUGCUCCCUCACAAACCCUCAGGUUAACCAACCAUAUUUGGGGGAGAAAUUAAAGGCGGAAGUUGAACUGAUCAGUUUACAGACAGACUUCUGAUCUUGAACUUUGACCCAUCUUACUUGGCGUAGUUAUGCGCACACAGUUUUCCUUUGCAUUCAAGGAUUGUAAGCAAUGUUUCAGACGGGCUCAUUUUUAGUUUUAACUCCAGAAAAAUGAAAAGUCGUUUAUGUAAAGUGGAUAAACUGUCAGCUUAUUUACAACCGGCCUUACCGUCAGACUGCUGGUGUUUUUCACCCUGUUUGAUAACUGAUAGAAAUGAUGGCCAAAAUUAUAAGAACAACUUCCAAGUUGAUAUAACCAGAGUUUAAAAUGUGAAGUUAAACAUGUGCUUUACGUAGGCGUUAGCUGGAUGAUGCUCCUCCUCUCCACACAAACAUUCCUUUGCUAUUUAUUUUAGACGUUCUUAUAUGAUUUUGUGAACAUUUCAAGCCACAGCUCUUGGACAGCGAUCACACCGAACUCACAGAGUUCAAAGCCACCAGUGUUUGAAAGCUCCACAUUCCACUGGGAUCAUGGCAGACAGUACGUGAUGUAUAUUACCACUCCGUUCGACUCUGCCUGUGUUUAGGUGGGCCUGUCUCGUGUUGUAACUCUGUACCUUAAUGUUCUCGUCCUUUCUCCUCCCCAAACUGACUCUGCCUGUUUGCCUGCUGUGCUCUUAAGUGUGGCCCAGAACACGUUCUUACGACUGUGAGGAACUGAAGUGAACUCCAUCUCUCUGAAUGUCCCUCUCUCUGUCUCUGUUUACAUGCUCUGACUCUUUGUGACAUGAUGUAAGGACUGUGCUGCCCGCUCUCUGUCAGAUAGGGAUGAAAGCCUUGAGGCACUGAAACCAUGAGAAAGUGCUUUUUUAAAAUGUCAUCUGUAUUGCACUGAAGCUUUAGAAUCUACCUACCACAUACGUUUAUGGACAUGCACCUUUUUGUUUGUUGAUAUUUCCUUUUCUUCAGCGUUGCACUUUGUGUUCUUCACAACAGGGUUAGAAUCACUACCAUAUCAGAAAUGUCCGUGAAGUCAGAGUGGUAGAAACUUAGACUUAUAUAACCACAAAUGUUAUUUGACUGUACUAUAAUGAAUCUCAGCUAUUGUAAUGUAGAUUGGAGAAAAACAUGGUUGUAUCACAUCUUAAAUCAGACGUCUGUGGAAGUAGAAGAUCCUGUAAACCUCGUGACACUCAUUCCAGCUCUUCUAGUAGCUCGUGAUAAGCCGUAGGAUAAGUGAAGGCCUGCAGUUAUUGUGUGGCUGUGCUGAUAAACGUGUUUGUUUAGGAAGUCCCAUCACGGCGUCAUUUGUGAAACACCAUGGAAGUAUGGAAAGCCCAGAUGCCAUUAAACCCUUCUGUUUCACCCAAUUUAUUUUACAAAGGCAUUUUUCUCAGUUUUAUUCAACAAAAAUGCCACUUUUUAGGAUGCUCUGGUAAAUAAUUUUAAAACAGUGUGCUGUUUUUUUGGUUGGUUUGUUUGUUUUAGCAUAAAAAUUUUAUUUUAAUAUAUUUCACCAAAGCGCUGUAAAAAGCAGCAUUUAUUUUAACAGCUUUUUCUACACCAUAAAGAGUGAUAUUAUUCACCUUUUUUUAACUCUUUAAAAACCAGCGUUUAUAAUAAUCCACUUUAAAAAUAACUCACCACUUAAUUUUUUUAUUUUAUUUUAUUUUUUUUAAACAGUAAAUUGCACUUGGCUUUUUUUUUUUUUGCCAUAAAAAGUGGUGUUGGAAAGCUUUUUUUAAGUUGUAAAAAUGUAAAAGCACCAUUAAAAGCAGGGUUUUAAAAUAACUCACCUCAAUUUUUUGUACUUUUUUUGGUCACUUCGUAAAAAGCAGCUUUUUUAAAUAACUCAGUAAAUUGCUGUAAAAUGCAGCAUUUUUCCAUUUUUCUUUCCUUUUUUUAACAGCAUAUUUUCUUUGAAACUGUUAAAAAGUGUCCUUUUUUCUGCUUUUUUUUCCCUGACUCACUAAAAUGCUGUAAAAAGUAGAAUUUUUUAUUUUAUUUUUCAUGAACGCUGUACAAUUUUUUUUUUCUUUUACAGCAUUUAUGUUAUGCAGUAAAAAAGCAGCAUUUUAAAAUAACUUACCAGAGCGCCAUACAAUGCAGCAUUUUAUAAUAUCUCACUAAAGCACAGUAAAAAGCACAGUUUUUUUUCCCCCUAAUAAAACAGCAUGAAAAACGGCUUUUAAAAUGGGGGGAGAAAGCAGAGACAUUUAAUGGCACUUUAAGCUCUCCAUACAUUAGCCUGGUAACUAGCAGAUUUAGAGUAUCCUGCCAACAGACAGGACGGUUCAAGAGAUGAUUUAUCAUGAUUAGUCAAAGAGAGGCCGAGGCCUUUGUUUACCUCAACUACAGAUUUAUUUAUUUGAAUCUGAAUUUCUAAUGUUUCAUUUUUAAAGUUUAUUUGAUCCAAUUUUAGUCAGACACAUCCCCCUGUUGAUGCAGACUCAAACCUCCGUGUUUACCAGACGUCUGGUUCUUUCCGCAGCACUGAUUCCAUCUGUACAGCAACAGUCACGUCUUACUCACCACACUGCUGCUCUCAGUGUCAGAAAUGCUGUUUUCUUUCACUGAUUUAUUCCAAAAAUCUGGUACAUGUUCCGCUAACGGAGGACAGAAGUGAACAGUUACGCUUUUGGGGAAAAUGAUUUUACAGUCUGCAGCUUAAAUCAAUAUCACUUUUAGAUUCUGGGUCAGUCCGGCUAGAGCAGCGUGAUUUGUUCACAACUGCUACAGGAAGCACUUUGAAUUCUCUGCACCUCUGGCUGCUAAAUUGAUGGACAAAACAUAAUUUCCCAGAAACAAGGUUGAAAUUUAAAAGUGAUGGUCAUAACAUAAAGGUAAAGGAACGUUGCGUUAUCCAGAAGAGUCCAGUGUUUCUGUGUUUAGUAACCGUGAGGAUAUUAUUUAAAGAGUCAAAGGAUAUUUAUCUGCUGUUUUCUGUAAGCUGUUAUUUUGAAACAUUUGCAAGAAAUUAACAGCAACUUAUAGUUGUCAAAAAAAGGCAAAGCACAAGCAAUGAUUUAAUGAAUAAAAACAGCGUUUGUGUUAAGAAGAGCAGAGUGGUGAGAAUGACAUGACUCAUAGUGAUGAGAUCAGUGCUGUGGAAAUGUACAUCAUACUGAAUAUAUUAAGUGAGCUAUCCAAACACAUUCUCACUCCGACCUCGUCACAUAUUAACAUUUGGUCAUGGACGUUCCGCAUCUACAUAUGACGUGCAAAGUAACCUGGGUGCAUCUGUUGACCGUCUGGGACUGUUACAUGCAUUGUCUUCUUUCAAACACACUUCCUUUUUCACACGAAAUUUAUCGUUUACAUACAACUGACGUUUUUUUUUCCUCCUACAACAAACACGUGGUUUGGUUUAGGAAAAAAGAACAAGGUUUGGCUGUUAUAAUCUUACGGGAAGUGAGCUCCACUCUCCUGGGUGAAAGUCAGUGUUUAUUGGACCCAUCCGCCACCCUUCCCAACCGAUCUUUGCACUUUCGUCGCCUUAACUUUCGUUCUUGUCCCAUCGCGUUUCCCUCUGAUGCCACUGAGCACCGUUAAACUGUAACAGCAACCGGUUUUGUAUCGUGCCAACUUUUUUCAUCACUGACUGACGCUACAAGUCACUGCCCAAGGGCCAGCUUUCGACGACUUCGGAGUAAGACUGGGUUGUCAUACGGGAAGCAAACAGUGGCUCAAGAGUGAAAGUCUGUGAUUGUUGGACCCGCCCACCCUACUCUGACUUUUACAUCCCUUCACUUUCCCCCUGACGCCAUUAGGUGCCGUUACACACUCAUGGCAACGUAAAAGGACGGCUUUUAUCUUGGUGUCUGAUGCGCAAGUCUCUGCCCAGGCGCCGGUAUUUGACGACUUCGGGGUGAGACCGUAUUGAAAUUCCACCACAACUCAAUGUUUGGCUUCUUUCUUUGCGACAAGCCUUUAUUUAUCCGACCACUAUUUGAACACCGGCUUUCAUUUCAGAAGUUAGAGAACCCAAAGUUGUUGUCAUGGCAGUUCCCUCCAGACGUUUGUGUAUUUCCUUGUUUCGUUUUCUCCACAAAGUCUUAACUAAGAAUGUGAGCAGACACAACCCCAGACCUAAACUCAAGUUUGGGUACUUGUCCCAACACGUGCUCGAUGGACUUCAUUCUUAAUCUUCAUUAUUACGUUGUGUCUUUUAUCGUAUGUGGACCAACUUGACUUUAUAUACAAUAGAGAGAAAAUAAAGAAAAUGUAUUGGAUACUUACUAUUAGCUUGCACUUGCCUAGAUGUUCAAGAUGUUGCAUGAUGAUUUUCUUUUUUCUAAAGAUUGUUAUUAUGGAUUUUGGAUACUGGGGAGCUCGUCUGCAACACAGUACAACACAUCACAGAAAGAAACGUCCAUCACAAGGUUUAAUCCUGAAUUCAGUCUCCAGAAAACAAACUGAGAGGAAGACUGCAAUUUGGUUUAACAUGAAUCAAGUGGAACCAUUCAUACUAACCAUGCAUUUCCAAAGGUUUUGACUUCGUUUACAGAUUAAAGAUUAGCCUAAUUCAAAUGUAUUUUUUGCAGGUAGCCCCACAGCACGAAUGACUGACUUUUGAUACACUAAAACAAGAUCUCUGUCAACACUGUACCUCUGUUUGCCUUUGCAGUUCACAAAGUCUCUCCUCAGUAUUCAUUUUACAACCAACUACUAGGCAAAGGAAACUGGCUGCGCAGUCGUGUUUUAUUUUUUCAGUAGCAUAAUUUAUGCAAAAGGUGUUUUAUAGAUGUUGUAAAUGAAUAUAUUAAUAAAUAUAUUGCGUAAAUAAAUGACAAGCAAAUAUUGA